GGCGCGCUCGUGGUGCUGGUGGGCAUGGGCAUCGCCGUGGCGGGCUACUGGCCGGGCCGCGCCUCCCACGCCCCGAGGACCGGCCGCGCGCACGGGCCCCACGAACGCCUGCGGCUGCUGGGGCCAGUGAUCAUGGGCGUCGGCCUGUUCGUGUUCAUCUGUGCCAACACGCUGCUCUAUGAGAACCGGGACCUGGAGACGCGGCGGCUCCGCCGGGGCGUGCUGAGGGCGCAGGCGCUGCGGCCGCCCGACGGCUCCGGCUGGGAUGCGCUGCUGCCCAGUCCGGCGCCUGGGUCCCCGGGCACCGUCGCGGAGCCCGAGACUUGGGACCUGGCCCAGAGGAGGGGUCCCUCGCCCGUCCCGUCGGUGCGCAGCCUUCGGUCCGAGCCUGCCAAUCCUCACUCUGGGUUGCCCGCGCUGCUCCACAGCUACCCGUUGAAGGGCCCGGGGCUGCCACCACCCUGGGGUCCUCGGACUCAGACUGGCCACGUGAUCAUCACGGUGCAGCCCUCUGGUUCCUGCAUUGAGCACUCCAAGUCUCUGGACCUGGGCCUGGGGGAGUUGCUCCUGGGGACCCCAGCUGCUAGGGACUGUGCCCACCGAAGUUGGCCACGGCUGGACAGACUCAGUCUGGGGGGCUAUGCCAAACUGGGUGGAGACUUGGGGGCCCGGGUCUGAGGUUCAAGGGAUAACCUGCUGUGAGACUACCAGCGUGGACCAUGGGACCAGGACACCAGAAGUCUAGUGUCCACUAGCUGCUUCAGUCACCUCUGAGGCUUAGGAUGGAUGCUGCGGUGACAGCAGCCGCUCAGCCUCCUGACCUGCAUGUGUUGAGAGCAGUGCCAGCUGCACCGGCCAGCCUCAGGGGCAUGUGUUAAUGUGGACACCAGCAUGAUUCAGCCUCAGGAAUUUCUUCAGCCCAUGUGGCCUUAGCCCCGGGACAGGUACCUGAGGGGCUGCAGGCUAGGCCAGGAGCAUCCAGAGAUGCGCGGGUACUUAGGCAAAGGCAACAGUGGUAGGUUGGGAUGUCUCAGGCUGGGACAGGCUCCCUCCAAGGUGGCAGUGGUGAUGGAGGUGGGACCUCCAGGGGGAAGGUGGGAGAUGAAGUGGAAGAGAGACCCCCUGCAGCUUUCUGGGGCCGUGACUGCACCUCUAACUGCCACAUCAGGCCCAUUCUUCCUCCAGCCAGGUGGGCUAUCCUAGCAGGGCUCACUACUGCCAGUGCCCUGCUCCUGGGGUCAGACAGCUCCCCACAGAGACAGGUCCAUCUCACUUUCGUCUGACCCUUGCUGCAAAGUCUCCCCCAGUUGGCAGAAGGCACCCGCUAGUUCUCAGCAGUUACUUCCACAGCCCGGAGCUGCACUGUGGCCAGUGUGGGCAGCUUAGCACACAUACAGUGGCUUCCCUUCCCAGGUUUAAUUUUUUCCAUGCUUUUGUUAGAAAUUUUAAAGUGGAUCAGUCCUCACAGAAAAGUUUUUUUGUCAUGUUUAUUGAAAAAUGCCAUACAAGAAGCAAGACCAAACACUUAGCUAAAACACUCAGCCACAUCUGUCGCUAUGAAAGGUGCAGACGGCAGGCCUACUACUGCCUCUCUCACACCUAGGGUUUUCCACUUGGCUCUACUGCCGGCGUUCCUAUUCUGUCAAAUGUAAACAACUACUUGAUAUGAUUCAUAAUUUUUAGAAAAAUUUACAAAGCUCCUUCAUUUUUUUCAUCAAAAUAAUAAUAAUUUGAGAGAGAUUUGUAAAAACAACCAGCCUGGGGCUUGUAUUUCCCAUCAGCAUUGGAGGUGCUGGCUUGGCCAUAACUCCGCAGCCCGCUGGCCCCAGCUGCUCAGCAUCCCCCAGAAUAUACUGCUGGCCUGGGGGAGGGUCCCUGGAGUUAGCCUCCUUGGGCCCUCAGCUUAGGAAUAUAGGGCUCGCCUUGUGGGUGGGUGGCAGAGAUCUCAUGUGGUCUGAAGGAAAGCUUACUUCUGGAGUAAAAAUAAAACUGCAGUUGGGUUU